CUUGUGGUACCUGUGGGGUUAAAGAACUUUGAACACAUGAGUGAAGGAGGGAAAAUUGGAUAAUAUUUUUAAGACAAGAUUUAAAUAUUUCCACCUUAGUGGAAAAUCCACUACUCUUUCAACCACUGUCAUUUUGUGGGCCCUAUUAUGCUUUUAUUGCAGUGAUGUGAAACUGUUCAUAUUGGAGGACCUGCAUAGUAGUUUAUCAACGUAAAAAAUCAAAUUGAACGAAUAUCGAUAAGUAUAUAAAAAAUUGAAUUUCGGUUGGUAAAUUGGAUGGUCUGAUUCUAUAAAGUUAAAUUGUACAUGGCCGUCUAUUUACAAACCAAAAUUUGAUUUUUGAUGCACCUAUCAAUGUCUAAUCAUGCUGAUCUUUUGCGUGGAAAUACUAAAAAUGAGAUUAAAUUCUUUCCACUUUUGGUCAAAAAUCCAUGAUUUCCACCACAGUCUUCAUCAUGCGUUCAUUACACUAAUCUGAAUCGUUCAUCUUUUUAAGAAUUGCAUAGUAGUAUGUUCGUUUGGGAGAAAACAAACAUCCAGUUGGGGCUGUAAAUGAACCGAGCAGUUCGCAAACUUGGCUCGAUUUAGCUUGGCUUGUUAAUGCUCGGUUCUGCUCGACUUGUUUAGUAAAUGAGUUAAGCUCAGCGGGUUAAGCGUGGUUCGACUCGAUUAAAGAGGCUCGUUUAGUAAAUGACUCAGUUCGGCUGGAUAAAGGCUUGGCUUGUUAAGGCUCGAGCUCAAAUUUUUGACUCAUUUAGUAAACGAGCCGAGCUCGAGCUCGAUAAAGCUUAGCUUGGCUCGUUUACAACCCUAGACUAGUACUAGUGGUAGUUGAUCCAGCCAUAAAAACGGUGGCCUCUGUAAUUGAGACACAAUUUUGGGUACAAUUUGUGAUAAUCGAAACCUCCAGAGAAGCCAGUGAUUUUACCAGCUCUCCACCAUAAAUUAGAAUUGUGUAUUGUAGUUGCAGAUUUUACGAUCGUGGAAUUUGGAGUUGUUUGCUGACUUUGAUGCCUACAAGAGCAUCUUAGCUGUAGACGACUUCGAAUGCAGUAGAAUAGAUGACUCAAGGAAAUGAAAUUGGAGGAAAAAUGGGUUCUUUUCCGAAACCUCCUCUGUUUUGCCUGAAAUGGCCAUGGGAUGAUGCCCACCAAAACCCUAAAUUUUCCAACACCACCUGCAAACUCGACACUCCUUGGAUGUUCAAAUCCCUCCAAAAUAUCGGAUCCGUGGCUUUCAAUAUCGCGAAAUCGAUAUCGAAAUCCCCGAAUUCGGCGACCCGAACCCUGUUCGAUCUAGAUGGAAGACCUAAAAUGAGCCCCAAAACCAGUUUUGAAAGGAAGGAGAAGGUAUUGACGCCCGAAGAACGAGGAGAAGCCGAGCUGAGUGCGCUGGCCUUUGCACUGGCUAGCGGGAAAGAAGCUACGAUGAUCGAGUUUUACUCGCCCAAAUGCAGGCUAUGCAAUUCUUUGCUCAAGUUUGUGUUGGAAAUGCAGAAUAGGAAUUCUGAGUGGCUUAACAUUGUGAUGGCCGAUGCGGAGAAUGAUAAAUGGUUGCCUGAGCUCCUCCAUUAUGACAUUAGAUAUGUUCCUUGCUUUGUGAUACUGGACAAGCAGGGGAGGGCACUAGCAAAGACUGGCGUCCCCAACAGUCGGCUACAUGUUAUAGCAGGUGUCUCUCAUCUUCUCAAAAUGAAGCGUCCCCGACAGAAUUAACUCUAAAAUUUGAACUGCAUGUUCUAUACAAACUUAAAAGGUGAAUUUCACCCAUCUCAUGCGAAUAAAGUUUCUUGACAGAAUAUUUGAAGUAAAA